UGCAGUACGGUAGUUCAAGUAGUGUACGUAAUUAUGAAAUUGGUCUUGUGCAGUGGAUUGCAUUGUAAUAUAUUUUUAAUGUACGAAUGAUAUGUACAAUUUAGGUUGAUAGUAGAUUUAUAUUGUACACUCUCUGGCUGUUCCUUUUAUGUAAAAUGGUUUUGCUGUUGCUGUUACUUGCCCUUAUUUUGGAUGGCGUAUUUUUGGUUAGAAGCAAAGGUUUAGUUGACCCCGCGGAAUGUCAGAUAUGGGGUCCUGGGCUACAGCCCGAUAAAAUUGUAAUGCCGGCACGGUAUUUUUAUAUCGUAGCAGUGGAUAAGCAUAAACUCAAACUGAAGGAGUCCCCAGAAGAUGUGUUUGAAGUACAGAUAACAGGAGAUUCUUCAUACAAUAACUGCAGAGUCUGGAUAAAUACCCUGAAUAGAAAUGAUGGAAGUUUCAUAGUAAGAUACAAAACAUAUCAUACAUGUCAUAAUUUCACGAUACAUGUCACGUAUAAAGGUGUUCAUGUUGCCUCAUCACCAUACAUAAUUAAAGGUCCUGUUUAUGCUGAUGGAUGUUAUUGCCCAGUAAAGUCUAUGUCUGAUUGGCUGAAACAGUUUGGUUGCAAAAGCUCUUAUGAUCAAAUCAGCUCAGAUUUGAAACCGUUCCCAAAUGUAAAGUUCACUGAGAUUCGAGCACUUGCUCUUCAGAGAUUCAGCCAUCCAGGCAGCAUGAGUAUAUGCAAUUAUGUAAUAAAAGACAACCAGGUAUAUAGGAAGUGUUAUGGUCAGUAUGUUGGAUUUAAAAUGUUUUUGGAUGCCAUCCUUUUGUCCCUGGCUCGGAAGGUUUAUCUCCCAGAUAUGGAAAUGCUUUUCAACUUAGGUGAUUGGCCACUUGUGCAUACUGGACAGAAACCAUACAUCCCAAUGUUCUCUUGGUGUGGGUCAAAUGAUACCCUUGACAUUGUCAUGCCAACAUAUGACAUUACAGAAGCCACCCUAGAAUGCAUGGGAAGAGUAAUGCUUGAUAUGCUGUCAGUCCAGGGACAUAUAGAGAAGAAAUGGGAAGAAAAAAUUGAGAAAGCAUUCUGGAGAGGCAGAGACUCUCGAAGAGAGAGAUUAAAAUUGAUUGACAUUGCUCGUGAACAUCCAGAGCUCUUCAAUGUAACUCUUACAAACUUCUUUUUCUUCAGAGAUGAAGAGAAAUACUAUGGACCUAAAGCAGAACAUAUAUCUUUUUUUAAAUUCUUUGAUUACAAAUACCAAAUAAAUAUAGAUGGUACAGUGGCUGCAUAUAGAUUUCCUUACCUGUUGGCAGGCGAUUCUUUAGUUUUCAAACAGAAUUCAAAAUAUUAUGAGUAUUUUUAUAAAGAACUUGAACCAUGGAAACAUUACGUUCCCUUCAGAAGUGAUUUAAGCGACUUAGUGGAAAGAAUACGCUGGGCAAAGGAUAAUGAUGCUGAAGCUCAAACAAUAGCAAGAACUGGACAGAAAUUUGCCCAGGAGAAUUUAAUGCCACAAGAUGUGUUUUGCUACCAUGCAGUACUGUUUAAAGAAUGGAGUGAUCAACUCAGAGAAAAUGUGGAAGUGCGGGAUGACAUGGAGCAUGUUCCACAGCCUGGACCAGACAAGCCAUACACUGACUGUAAUUGUCAUAGAUCUGACAAAAGUGCAAAGGCUGUCCAUCUGAAUACAAGAGAAGAAGAUAUGAAUACUCGAGAUGAGCUUUGAAGAUGCCAUAUUGCAAGAUAUUUCCCUCCAAAUAUUGGUGGAUUCUUAAUGCGAGUGUAAUGGCUGUCAGCAUUUUAAUGUUCUGUGGAGGUUGGCUAAAUAAAGUGAGAUCAUUCCACCCACCAGAAUAUAAGCUAUAUAUGAAGCGCUUACCUAUGGUGUGACACAGAGGACUCAGAGAGUUGAGUUAAUUGCUUAUGAAUAACAAGGAGGUCAAGGAGAACUGAUAUGAGAUUACCACUGCCGAGACAUAAUUCCAAAUUACUACAGCAAAAGCAGAGUAUGAUGUCAGUUACAUAAUGCAAACUUCAUUCCAAGAUUUCUGUGAUUGUGUCUUACUUGUCAGAACAAAGUGGCAAGCUCCAAGGAAAAGGUUAUCAGGGUUGUCCACUAUUUUAUUAGCAGAUUGUCUGGCUUCAUAACUUAGAUCAUCAAGGACUCAGUCUAGUGUGCAUUUUCAUGCUCUCUGUAAUUCUCCAACUGCAUACAACAGAUCAGCAGGUACUAUUAAAAAUGUUUGUGUAUAUAUGAUAAAGGAUCUUAUAUCACUGAUGUGGCAGCACCAGAAAUGUACUUGUUUUAGGCUCAUAUCAUACAGAUGGGCAUGACUUACCAGACUCUCUGAAGGACUGUUUGUAGACUCAGUACAAAUUUCAUAUUAUAUUUAUAUUGCAGCCUUCAUGGGCAUGACAUAAAUGUUUCAGAGGGGGAUACUAGCAUCAUCUUUGGGGUAAAAGUGAGCAAAGUGGUAAAGUGGCAGGUUGUUUAUAAAAUAUGGGGAAGGAAACUGGGUCACGAAUGGUAUUAAUUCUGCUCGCUUCUAGGAGUAGGAACAGGUGAUGGCCAUGGUCCUGAAAUACAAAAGAGAGAGUUAUAGCCUAACAAGCAAGUUGGCUGAAGUGGUAACUUUUAUGGCUUAUAUUUGGGAGGUGGGCAGUUUGUAUCUCAGUGGACCACUGACUGCCAUGACCUACAUUUUAUGUAGUUUUCUUCAGUCCCUCCAGACAUGCCUGGAUAGUUCCUCAGAGUGGAACAUGACUUUUGUUCCACAUCCUUUCCAACAGUUGUAUCAUUAUAUCAUUCAGUACUUCUAGGCUGCUCUAUUAAUAGUACAGCUAAUUGAACCAUAAACAGAUAUCCACCAAAAAUUGGGAAUUACUGUGAUGAGAAUGGAAACAUUAUGAAACAUGCAAUGGUAGAGAAAUAGAUUCUGUAACCAAGCCACUGAAUGGCAGACACCAACCCAAUGAGCCAUGAUGCAGUGACAAAAAUAAACUGCCUGGAAUUUGCGGCAACCAGCACUGGCCACCCACACAAAAGUGUUGCACUUUUUUGCCAAUUCAGUCUACAACAAAGACCUUAUUGGCAUGAAAAAUGUGAUGUCAACCUGUGUAUUAUCACACUACACUAACUUGCUGAGAACUGUAUCUUGGCAUGGGAAAACCAUAGGAGUCCCACACGGCAACCAUGUGAAUGAAACAGGCACAACUUAUUUUGAUUUCACUGUAUAACAGCUUCAUACUGAAGUCUCUUGCAUAUGACAAAUUGCAGACCUGAAAUUUUGCAAUUCAGUGGUUGAUGUUUUGUUUGUUAUAAGAUAUUUCUUAUUUCAUACUUUUGUCAUUAAUAGUUUUAGAGAAAUGUACACUUUUAAAAAGGGGGGCACAGUUUUAUUUAAAUGCUGUUAUUUAAUUUGGGCCACAAACUAUUACCAUAAGGAUUCAAAACAGAUAUGAUAAAGAUUAUGCCAUGGUUUUUCAUAAUGUGUUACAAAAUUCAAAGUUGUUGAAUAAUCAUUUAUUUCUAAAAACAUCUUGAUACUACAGCUAUAAUAAAAAUGAAUUUUUAGAUUAAUUAUAAAUUGCAUUAGAUGUUUAAAGAUACCUAAGUAAAAAUCCAUUAAUUAUCCAAGUACUUUAAAAUGUCAUGCUCACGUCUUCCAUUCACAGUACUGAAUAAAAUAUUACUACUACCUUAACCCUUUUUAAAAAUACCCUUGAAACAAGCAGUCUUAAUACAAGUACCACCUAGAAGUCAUUUUAGAACUAACGUUACGCUAUAUAAAUUGUUUUGGUAGUCACAAGCAGAGUAUGUAAAAUGUAUGCAAAAUGCCAGACACAUUACAGAUGUUCCGUUAUUGUAGUUAUUUAUUUUUGAAAUGCUAAACCACCUUACACAACUGUGAACGGAGUAGCAACAAUUCUUAGAGAUGUACAUGAUGAAAUUUUAUUGAUAUUCGGUCUUCUUUCCUGACUGCUAUACCAUAUACAUAGAAUCAGUCACACAAUUGCAUACAGACAUUAUCUGGUAUAUGCAUGAUUUCAUGAACACAAUAACCAGUGUCAUGGCCAUGAAUGUAAUUUUGGUAACCAGGUCUAGCUACAGGCAUAACAAUAUUUUACAGUACAGUUUCCAGGAAUAAUACUCUUCACCUGCCCCCACAACACACACAGAGUAAAAUACCUCCGCAUAGGUAAACCCCGAGAACCCAACAUUUUGGGCUUUGUUAUAUGAGAGCUAUUUACAAUCCUGAUGUACUGUAUUUUAUCCUCCGUGUGCCUAUAAUUUUUGUAAUGUACCAAGAUUCAUAUUAAAGAAAUUUUCAUAUAUCUGAAAUAACAGAUUACUGUUACUAAUUUAA